GGAGUUGCAUAAUAAAAUUGAGAGAUGUUAUUAAGUAAUUAUUAUCAUUUUCCGGCCAGGGAGCUUUUUGGUAAUGCAAUCUAUGGUACGAUACCUGAGGAGUUUGGCAAACUAUCAAACUUGGUGAGCUUGGAUUUGUACGAUAACAAUUUGACCGGUCAAAUACCCCACACGUUGGGCAGUUACAAUCAUCUCAGAUUUAUGAGGCUUCAAAACAAUACAUUCACGGGCAUUGUUCCUAGGUCUUUUAUCACAAUAUCCACGCUCCAAGUCUUAAACGUUUCUGGGAACUGUAUAGAUACAUCAGUACCGAAUCCGCUUGAAGUCGUUGAUUUCUUUGCAAAGUUUGGCGAGGCUAGUUUUGCAAAUAAUCCAAAAGCGGGAUGUUAGCUUCAUAAGUUACUGGAUGGAUGCAUGUCUCUUCCGGGCUUAGUCUCGAUCAAGGCUCGCUAGAUGGCUUGUUUCACCGUGUUCAAGAAAUAUGAAUAAAGUCGGAGAGCAUAUUUUUGGCCGGAAAGUUUCUUGUCAAAUGUUUCUGGGAUUGUGCUCAUCCUAUAUGUUUAUUUCGGAGUAUUUUUUUUCAAGUUUGUGAAAACAGUUCUCUGGAUGUGUGUUCAGAGUUCAUCAAUUUAUGUUUGAUAAUAAGUCAUUUGUGCGUACUUUUCUGAGCAUAUGUUGAGAUAAGUGUUGAACAAUCGUCCGGGAGUUUAAACAAUUAUGUUU